AGGUCUGAUAGAAUUUGACAAUUAACCUUAAAUUUUCAGGGUGUUGUUUAGAAACUGAUUUUGGAUAACCCAUUUGGUUGAAUUUGUAUUUCCAUAUCCUAAAAAUUGCCUCACUAUCUUAGUCUUAGUCAUGUUUUUGUGAUUUUACUUCAUAGUUAUUCAACAUGGUUAUUUGCAUCAAUUGCCUGAUCUUAUGGGACUCGGAAAGUAGACACAGUACAGGGACAUCUGACGUGUCAUUCUCUUAUUCCAGUUUUAGUUUAUUUUAAAGUUUAUUGUUUUUAUUAGUCAGAUAUUAACAUACCAUUAUGUCGAAUAUACUAGAUAGUUUAAUUUUGUCUCCACCUAAUGACUUGUGCUUCAAUUGUCACGAAUUUACAAAGGAGUCAUUUUCAGUAGAUCUCUUCCUUCAAGAACAUCGUAACAUGGGGAACUUGGAAACUAUGCGAGAUGAUUUAGGUGUUUACCUGAAAACCCUGCGGUCAGCCAUGAUUGAAUUGAUCAACAAAGACUACGCAGAUUUUGUUAAUCUAUCCAGUAAUCUGAUUGGAUUAGAUAAAGCUAUUUCUAGUAUUCAGCUGCCUCUAGGCCAACUGAAAGAGGAAUUACUUGUUGUACAGAAUAAUAUCGAAGACGCAUUGAAUGAAGUCACCGCUCAACUUUUAAGACGUAAAAAGCUACAAGAGAGGAAACGAAGUCUGAAAAGCUUAAAUAGAGUGCAUUGCUCAUUGAAGAAGAUGAAGACCUUGUUGAAUGGAAUGAACUCGGAGCAAGAUUCUGUGUCAAAACCGCUACGGUUAGAGAGGGCAGCAAUGGAGUAUAAUCAACUGCAGUUUCACGUGUCGAGAUGUAUUAACGAUCUAUCUGAGGCAGAUAAACAGAACUUAGAAAACAUUAGGAAACUCAUUUUCAAACACCUAGACGACCAGUUUAUUCAAUGUCAGCAAAAAGACAAAGAAGAACAGCUGUUGAGGGUGCUUGGAAUCUACCUAUCUCUGGGGAAGUGCUCUCAAGCGGAGAUGUGCUACAGACGAGAGAAGAUAUCUCCAGUGAUGAAUCAGCUGAUAAACGAAGAAGCCCUGGCAAGCAACCCCGGAGGGCUGAAAGGGCUGUACAACACACUGGUGGCAUUCGUGGACGAAGAAAUGAAAACACUACGGUCGGCCACAUUGUCUUCCGAUAAAUUAGGAAAAACCAAAGGCUUUGAUUUUGUAGUGAACAGCUUCUGGCCUGAAGUAGAAGAGAGGCUUGGUUUGAACUUGGCUUCGAUUUAUGCACCAGGAAAUCCUGAUAACUUCUUUAUGUGUUACAGUGAAACGUUGGAGUUUUUGACCAAACUGGAAGCUCGUUGCGACAGCAGAAGUUUAAGAGCUCAUCCCCAAUACCAGAGCUUUAUGCAUCGCUGGAACCUCCCUGUUUACUUCCAAAUCAGGUUUCAAGAGAUAGCCGGGAGCGUGGAGGCUGCACUCGUAGCAAGACCUGAGAUGGAGGUGGAGGGGGAUUGGAAGCUGACUGCCACAGCGGCAACAUGGACUGGUCUGCUGCGAUGUUGGGCGGACAAGGUUUACAUCACGCAGCUAACUCACAGGUUUUGGAAACUAAAUCUGCAAAUUCUUGGAAGGUAUUACACAUGGACGAAUGAACUACUGGAGAAGAAAGGUGAAGCAGCAGUGGAUAAGGCAGAAGUGUGGGUGUUCCUUUACUCUGAUGUUACGACGCUUAGCAGCCGAGUAGAUCAGCUGUUCCAAGUUGCCAAUUCAAGGUUGCAUCCUGGAGUGUCGUCCAAUAUGAGGAAACAGCUUCAAAAGUGCCUAGAGGAAUGGCAGGAGAAGCUGUUGUCCCAGUUGACCCAUAUCAGUGUUCGGCUGGUGCGUAGUGUUUGCUCUGCGAGUGUGGCAGCACUGCGGCAAGUCAGUGAGGUGCCUCGACUGUACAGGCGUACCAACCGUGACACACCUAAUCACAGUCUGCCUUACAUAGAUACGAUGCUAGACGCCCCUCUAACAUUCUACGAGAGCCACCAGACUCAUCCGCAGGUUAUACCUUGGCUGCAGAGUGUCUUCUCCGAGAUCACUAAACAGUAUUACGCAGCAGUAAUGGAUGUUUUGACGUCCGUUCAGAAGACGGAGGAGAGUUUGCGAAGGCUGAAGAAAAUCAGAGACAGAACAGUAGCGCAAGGCUCCACUCCGGACCGAGGCGGGGAUGACGACAAGAUCAGAAUGCAGCUGUAUUUUGAUGCUAAUUAUUUUAGCAAAAAGAUUGAAGAAGUUGGAAUAAGAAAAGAAAAUGUGGAACAGCUAAAGGAUCUUUUGAAACUGGUAGAAACUCUACACAACAAGAACGGACUGAAAUAGUGCCGGCAUGUACUGAGGUCAAUUAGUAGAUGUGAUGUUAUCAGUUCCAAAAUAGUCUGAUCUGUGUCAUUCGAAGCAAUACUAGGGACUGAAACAUCGGAUAAGUAACAGUGAUUUUAACGUGCCUGUGAAAAUACACCAAAUCGCUCCGUAGUUUUUUUAAAUCACAAUGUUCCUAAAAAUUAUAAAGGGACAAGUUAAAUCAUUGAAAAUUUGUCUAUUGCUAUUGCUAUUGUUUAUCAUAUAGAAGUUUGUAAUAUCUCUUGAAUGCAUUAUUAUUGUUACACACUUUCCUGUUGAUUAAUACGUAAGAUGUAAAUUUAUCCAUUAUGUAUAUUAGUUGUAUGUUGGUUGUACAUAGUUUGCUAUGCUGUAAGAUAAUAUAAAAUGCCGUAUCUUUUUAAAAUAAAGCUUUAUUUAUGA